AGGCUUUUGGUACCACUUGGACAAAACACUACUGCAAAUAUGAUAAGGAAACCAAGGAGUUCACCUUGCUCCCGUAUAACCAACUCACAACCAAAUCGACUUACACAGCGCCGACCAAUAAAAUCCCGAAUUCCAACGAGGAAAGUUACGAUUUAGACGAUGUGGGUCGUCACUUUGUCAAACGUUGUAUAGAGGUGUUGGAGAAGCGCGGGCUGGAGGAGCAGGGAAUUUAUCGUGUGGUUGGAGUGACUUCCAAGGUAAAUAAGCUCCUGACAAUGGGGCUGGAUCGGAGAAAAGCCGAUAAAGUGGCUCUUGAUGACCCGCAAGAAUGGGAAACCAAAACCAUAACCACCGCUCUGAAAACGUAUUUGCGCAAUCUGCCCGAACCGCUGAUGUCUUUCAAGCAUCACAACGACUUUAUCAACGCCGUCAAAAGGGAAUCCAGGCAAAACAGGGUGCACGAAGUGCACAAGCUGUUAUACAAGCUGCCGAAAACCAACUUGGAAGUGCUGAGCAUUCUGAUUAAGCACCUGACAAAGUAAAGGCCGUUUUACAGUCGGCAAUUUUUAUUGCCCGCAACUUUCUUGCACGCAAUAUUUUGUUCUACGCUUGCGGAUUUUAUCAGUUUUCGAGUUGUCGGCAACUUUUAUUGCACUUGCCGGCUAUAGUUCCAAACCUAAACUUUCUUGCAGCUAGCCGCAAUUUUAGUGACUUUUCUAGUUCUUUUCAUGCUGCCAACUG